CUGACAUAGGGCUUAUAUAUUCACACAUAUUAAAUACAUAGAAGGCUAAGCAUCUUGAAAAUAUAUAGUCUUUAUAUUAGGGGAUGUUUAGUUUCUGUGCAUUAAUAGUUAAACCUGUGAAAUAAUGUUCAAAAAUUGCUGAAGUUUAACAGUUUUAAGCCUAUUUAAGCUUGAGGCAAGAGGUUAGUGCUACCAGUUCGGGAGUUUCAAUAAGAAGCACUUUUUUGCCUCCUCCAACAAAUUUGCUCCUCCUCGCCCCCCCGAACCUUCCCCCUCAUUAUAACAACUCCCAAAAAGCCUGCCGGUUUUAAAAGCCUCUUCCAAAUGGACACGGUACAGGAAGCUGCAAGGGGUGGUCGCAUACUACAAAUUACAACUUUAACGCAUCAUCUCACAGUUGUACCCCAUUGAUACCUGAAGAAACUUGAAGCAGCAGUACAGUUUGCCACUAACUUUUUUUUUUUUUUGACCCCACGUUUGGAUACAUUUUUAAACCAUCCCUUUUAUCAUCUGACAAAAGAAAUGACAAUCAGGACGAUGUGACAAGUUCUGCCAAGUGUAUUGACUGAGGAGGAAGACUGUUUGCAAACCUUCACCUGUUAACGUUUGGAGACUUCAUGCACGUUUUCUCUCAAGAUUCCAAAAGAAGCUCGUGCUCACAAAGUUUCCUGCAGCUGCUGCCCUGCCCACGGAGCCUGCUCUGAUCUGCAUCCAUCCUCCAAGACCACCAAGAUGUCAUCAAGAAGCUGCUCCAAGAUGAAAUGUGAUAAUCUGAUCACCUACCUAAGGAUUAUUGGAACAACACUGUUCGGUGUCGCGCUGCUAGUGGGAAUCUCUACUGCCUACAUCAUGGGCUACCAGUUCUUCACGACUACGGGCAAUUACCUGUCCUUUGGUCUUUAUGGAGCCAUUUUGGUCAUUCACCUCAUCAUCCAGAGUUUGUUUGCUCUGUUAGAACACAGAAACAUGCGGCGGUCCAUGGAGACACCAAUCAAACUCAACAAAUCACUGGCACUUUGCAUCGCUGCCUACCAGGAAGACCCCAAUUACUUGAGAAAGUGUUUGAUAUCAGUUAAAAGGCUCACCUAUCCAAACAUCAAGGUCAUCAUGGUGAUUGAUGGGAAUAAUGAAGAUGACGGCUACAUGAUGGACAUUUUUCGGGAAAUAAUGGGCCGGGAAAAGGCAGCUACCUAUGUCUGGAAAAGUAACUACCACCAGCUAGGGCCGAACGAGACCGAGGAGUCAUACACGGAGAGUCUGCAGCAUGUCUCUCAGCUGGUGCUCAACAAUAAGUGUGUGUGCAUUAUGCAGAAGUGGGGAGGAAAGAGGGAAGUCAUGUACACAGCCUUUAAAGCCCUUGGGAAGAGUGUCGACUAUGUGCAGGUGUGUGACUCAGAUACCAUGCUGGAUCCUGCCUGUUCAGUGGAGAUGGCGAAGGUUCUAGAGGAAGACACCAUGGUGGGAGGAGUUGGGGGAGAUGUUCAGAUUCUGAAUAAAUAUGAAUCUUGGGUGUCCUUCCUGAGCAGCGUGCGGUACUGGAUGGCCUUUAACAUUGAACGAGCCUGCCAGUCCUACUUCGGCUGCGUGCAGUGCAUCAGCGGGCCUUUGGGAAUGUACAGGAACUCUCUUCUCCAUGAGUUUCUGGAGGACUGGUACAAUCAGACGUUCAUGGGCAGCCAUUGCAGCUUUGGUGAUGACCGACAUCUCACAAAUCGCGUGCUAAGCCUUGGCUAUGCUACUAAAUACACAGCACGCUCCAAGUGCCUGACCGAGACACCUAUCACAUACCUGCGCUGGCUCAAUCAGCAGACACGCUGGAGCAAGUCGUACUUCCGAGAGUGGCUCUACAACUCUUUGUGGUUCCACAAGCAUCAUCUGUGGAUGACCUAUGAAGCUGUUAUAACUGGCUUCUUCCCUUUUUUCCUCAUUGCCACAGCCAUUCAGCUCUUCUACCAUGGUCGCAUCUGGAACAUUCUUCUCUUUCUACUGAUUGUACAGGCUGUGGCGCUUAUCAAGUCCACCUUUGCCAGCUUUUUGCGAGGCAACAUUGUCAUGGUCUUCAUGUCUUUCUACUCAGUGUUAUACAUGUCCAGUCUUCUACCAGCAAAGAUGUUCGCGAUAGCCACAAUAAACAAGUCCGGUUGGGGUACUUCGGGAAGGAAGACAAUAGUCACCAACUUUAUUGGCCUCAUCCCGAUCUCAUUCUGGUUCACAAUUCUAUUUAUCGGCAUCCUGUAUACCAUUGCCCAAGAGACGCGAAAGCCUUUUCCAAAUUCUGAAAAGAUAGUCUUAAUAAUAGGUGCAAUAGUGUAUGCCAGCUACUGGGCGGUGUUUUUGACUUUGUACAUGGUUCUUAUAGCAAAGUGUGGCAAAAGGAAGAAGGAUCAGCAGUAUGACAUGGUGCUCGAUGUCUGAUCUUUCUCACUGUGUUGUCCCUCCUCUUUCAAAGUUUACAUUGUGAACAGACUAUGUUCUUUAUAGGUGACAAUCAAAUGACUCAAUCAAAGAGAGCUACUAUUGCUGCUGUGACUUGAUACCAAGGACAUUUCUUUAAAAUUAAUAAGAAAACACCAAAACCAGAAACGAGGUUCAAACCUUGGACUUGGACUGUUCUGAAUUUUAUACUCUAUUUUUUUUCCCCAAAACCACCAACUAAACUUUCUUUUCCUUUUUAUCCAUGAGACUGUUUUUUCUAUGCACUUUUAUAUCUUUCUCUCUUUCAUCAGACAUAAUGCUUGACAUAGAACUCAAUGAACAAAUACCUCAUGGUGAUGUUUGCAUUGUGUGAUUGACUGGGAUGCAGUCAAGGCUCAUUCAUUUAAAAUAAUUUAUUGUUGUUUUUUUUUAAACCUUGUUUUAUAUAUAAAUAUAAACUUUUUUUAAAUGAAGGCCAACCAGAAUGUGUUGACCAUGCUGUAUUUUGUAUGUGCAUAUUGUAUUUCUUCUCCUUUUAUAUAGACAAGUUUAUUUUUUCUUAUCCAUGAAAGAUUCUUUAUUUUCAGUCAUAAAUAUUUGAGAAAAUGCAUUGUGCAUUUAACUGUUAUUACAAUGAAUUGUGCAUCCGACCAAAAAAAUGUGAAGCUGGGUUUUGUGUUUGCAUUGAUGGCAAGAAAAUGCAAUUCUAGGAAGAAGACUAACCUGUGUUAUCAAAUCAAAGUAUUACCUGACAGGAAUACCAGCAUAUUUAUAUAAAAAACACUCUGUGGUUCAUUGUUUGUUUGUAUCUGAUUUAUUGUAUUUUUGUACAUAUUUUAUAUUUGGCCUGUAAACUGUUAUGAGGACUGAUCAAAAAUUUAUAACAUUUCAGACAAAAAAAGUAUUUGCACACAGAUAUACACAGAUGGAUGUCUAAAUCAUUUCAAAGUCCAAUGCCAUAACUUUACUUUGUGGUCACACCAUGACUUCUUCAAUGUGAUAUGUUUUAUUUUAUUUAUGAUUUAAAUGAGCCUAUUGACAAGUAUCUAAUAAUGCUGAUGCUGAUUUGAGACAUAUGAAUACUAGAUGUGAUGUCAAAGUAACUGACCUGUAAACCCAAUUACAGGCUUGUUUCAAAAUUUUUAAGCUCAAAAGCAAAUGAAUCGACUGAUGGCUGGAAUAAAAAGUUGACUAUGAAAGUAUUUUUUUUUUGCAGUUUAAUUAUACCAAAUGUUAUGUAGGCAGUAUUAUUAUAAAGCACUUUUUGUGUUUGUGCCAAAUUGAAAACAUUGUUUGUUACUAUGUAUACAUAGU